AUGAAGGGGACGCUGCUUCUGCUGGCCUUGCUGGUGACCGGGGAGCUGGGCUUCCAGACAACGGAAGCAUGCGCUCCUUUCUUCAAUGUCUUUACUGCAAUGGCCAUUGGAAACAAGGAAUUAAUGAAUGCCGUCCUUUCCUAUUAUGACCCUACUGCCCAGGAGAGGGAGGCUUUUGAAAAAAUCCAGGAAUGCUACAAUGAGGCAGGACUGAGGGGCAAAUUCCUGGAUGCCAAAGUUCUGGAAGCCAUCCUCUUCAGCCCACAGUGCAUGGGUUACUAUACCGAGGACAUCAUGGACAAAAUCAAGAGUUUCCUUUCCAAACUAACCUUUAUGUAAUAUGAUGACUGAUGUGGUGUCAUCUUGCUGCCCUGUCCUGUGUCCCUCCUGAAGUUGGAAUCCAGACACUUGUCCCCUCCUUGUCCAGUCUGUUAAGCUGAUUAUAAUAAACACCUGCAGC